AUGCUGUCCGAUAAGGAAAACGAAAGAUCACCGAAAGCGAAUGAGGUGAAAAAGAGACAAUCAGUGGGAAGUCCGUUCACGUGUGGAACACCUGGGACGCGUCCAGCUCCAAGGAAGAUGGCAAAACCACUUCGCGAUUUGGGAGAUCCAAAUUUGGAAGCGACGCAGCUUGUAGACGAAACUUUCAACAUGUCCAGCGUGAAGGCGGAGCUUGACGAAACUAUUACUCAAGGUUUAUCCUGA